CUGUUGGUUGUGCUUGAGACGCACACGCAGCGGGAGAGAGACGGGGAGAGAGACAGAGAGAGAGACAGGAGGAAGAGAGAUGGAGCAUGCGAAGGUGGACAUGGCGGGCGUAGAGGGCACCCCCGAUAACAACGAAACAGAACUGGAAGACAUGCAGAAGCGCUUGAAAGAGAUGGAGGAUGAAUCGGCUGCUCUGCGAGAGAUGCAGGCCAAGUUCGAGUCGCAGAUGGCUUCCGCACAAGAUCCUGGUAGUGCAGCUGCAACACAGGCAAAUAGGGAGGAAGCAGAUUCUCGAUCAGUGUUUGUUGGCAAUGUGGAUUAUUCCUGUACUCCUGAAGAAGUACAUCAGCAUUUCCAGCCAUGUGGGACGGUGAACAGAGUCACCAUUCGCACUGACAAGUUUGGCCAACCUAAGGGUUAUGCUUAUGUGGAAUUCCUUGAAGCAGAGGCUGUUCAAGAGGCUCUUCUGUUGAAUGACUCUGAACUACAUGGACGUCACUUAAAGGUGACUGCUAAACGGACCAAUGUGCCUGGGAUGAAGCAGUACCGUCCUCGUCGACCGAACCCCUAUAUGCGAGCUAGUAGUCCCAUUGUUGCUCCCUACUUAUACUCCCCUUAUGGUUAUGGGAAGGUUCCGAGAUUCAGAAUGCCAAUGCGUUACAGCCCAUACUUUUGAGGUGCUCAAUUUUUGCAUGAAUCAGAUUUGAUGCUAGUCGAUCGAAUGGACAGGUUCGACGUCUUAUUCCUUUUGUCAUCUGAUGGAUAAUGUGUUGGAAAGAUUUCAGAGAGACAGUUGUGCUGCUUUUAGUUGUUGCUGUUUAAAUUGUUUGAGAUUUGAGCAUUUUGUUCAGCUGAUUUAUAACGAUAUAAUUUCAAUGCUUGCACUCGACCAUGCUGCCUAUUCUAUAUAUGGUACCGCUGAGAUUUUCCA